AUGGCCUGUACAAUGUAUUUAAACAAUGAAGGGAAAGCAUUAGCGUGGGCACUUCGAACAAACAAAUCCUUAACAUCAUUAGAUAUUUCUAUUUGUCAAAUUGAUUGUGAAGAUGUUAUAAAUGAAAUUGCUAAAGCUCUAAACAAAAAUGUAACUUUAACUUCUUUGUAUAUUCAUUAUAGAUAUAAUCCUUGUAUUAGAAUUGAUGAAUAUUUUGAAAGUUAUAGUAAUUAUGCUGAACCUGAUGAUUCCGAAGAAUCAGACGCAUAUAAAGAAAAAGAUUAG